AUUCAACGCCUAAAUUCUUGUUGGAUCUAGAAGGUAGUGGGGAUACGCUUUUACAAAGUACAGUGAAAAGGUUAAACGCACUUACGCCGAACAAAAGAACCAUUAUUGUCACUGGAAAAAAACACAAAGAAAGUGUUUUAACACAAUUAUCAGAGCUUCCAACUUCCAACAUUUUGAGCGAGCCAUGCCCAAAAGACAGCAUGGCAGCUUUAGCGUUAGCAGCUGCAGAAAUUGCACAAAAAGACGAAGAAGCAGUCAUUGCAUCAUUUCCAGCCGACCAUCUCAUUCGAACGGCUGAUGACAAUUUCUACGAAGCAGUUAUAAAGGCAUAUGAAAUUGCAAAACAAUCGGACAGACUUGUCACAAUCGGCUUGCAUCCGACAUUUGCUUCAACUGCCUUUGGAUAUAUUCACAAAGGGUCAAUCAUCGAACAACAAGGUGAAGCGGAUAUACACACCGUCAAUUCGUUUAAAGAAAAGCCGAAUGAAUCUUUGGCUGCUGAAUUUAUUGCAAGUGGAACAUACGUUUGGAAUGCAGGGAUGUUUGUUUGUAAGGCAAGCACCUUGUUGCAAAUGCUUCAAGAACAUCACAAUGAACUUUUUACCGGAAUCACUGAGAUCUCUCGUCUUUUUACAGAGAGUAAAAAUAAACAAGGCUUGCAAAAAGAAGCGAUAGACAGACAAAUUGAUCAAGCCUGGAAUAAUCUUCCCGCAAUCUCAAUUGACCAUGCGAUCGCUGAACCGGUAGCCGCGCAAAAUCGAAUGGCUGUAGUAUGUGCAAGUCUUGAUUGGAAAGAUGUGGGCGAUUUUGCUUCUCUUUCGGAAAUUCAUAGCUCGGGAACUGAUGAUAUUCGUGUAUUAGGCGAUGUGAAUUUGGUUCAAGCAACAGAAUCCUCUGGGUUUUUCGUUCCAGGCUCCAGGCGUUUAAUUGCUUGUCAUGGUUUAAAGGACGUGGCAAUCAUUGAUACGCCUGACGCUCUUUUGGUCACCACCACAGCCGAGGCUCAAAAUAUUAAAAAAUUGGUGGGCAAAUGCAAAAAAGCGUUUGAACACGUUUCUUGAUACUUUUUCUUUGUUCUGUACCUUCUUGCUUGCAUAUAGACAUUCUUCUUGGUUUGAAUAAAAU